CCCGUCACCGCGGGCUGAGCUGAGGCCGGGCCGGGCCGCGCCAGGCGCAGCCACGCAGCCCUUGUCGGCAGACAGAGAGAGACUCUUGUCCGCUGGGUGCAGGAGCCGCUGCCCUGGGUGCUUCUCCCUGCCAGGCAGAACUCCCCGGGACCCCCCUGCAGAAUGGACACGCCUCCUGCUGGGACCGCCAGCCCCCAGCCCUCAAGGGCCCAUGGGAACAUUAACCUGGGGCCUUCGGCCAAUCCAAACGCCCGGCCUACGGACUUCGACUUCCUCAAGGUCAUUGGCAAAGGGAACUAUGGGAAGGUCCUGCUGGCCAAGCGCAAGUCCGACGGGGUGUUCUACGCCGUGAAGGUGCUGCAGAAAAAGUCCGUGUUGAAGAAGAAAGAGCAGGGCCACAUCAUGGCGGAGCGCAGUGUCCUCCUGAAGACCGUGCGACACCCCUUCCUCGUGGGCCUGCGCUACUCCUUCCAGACGCCCGAGAAGCUCUACUUCGUGCUGGACUACGUCAACGGCGGCGAGCUCUUCUUCCACCUGCAGCGCGAGCGCCGCUUCCUGGAGCCCCGGGCCCGGUUCUACGCUGCCGAGGUGGCCAGCGCCAUCGGCUACCUGCACUCGCUCAACAUCAUCUACCGGGACCUGAAGCCCGAGAACAUUCUCCUGGACAGCCAGGGCCACGUGGUGCUGACGGAUUUUGGCCUCUGCAAGGAAGGUGUGGAGCCCGAGGAGACCACAUCCACCUUCUGUGGCACCCCCGAGUACUUGGCUCCGGAAGUGCUUCGGAAGGAACCUUAUGACAGGGCAGUGGACUGGUGGUGCCUCGGGGCGGUUCUCUACGAGAUGCUGCACGGGCUGCCCCCCUUCUACAACCAGGACGUGUCCCAGAUGUACGAGGCCAUUCUGCACCAGCCGCUUCAGAUCCCCGGGGGCCGCACGGUGGCUGCCUGUGACCUCCUGCAGGGCCUGCUCCACAAGGACCCCCGGCAGCGGCUGGGCUCGGGGGCUGAUUUCCUGGACAUACAGAACCACGUGUUCUUCAGCCCCAUAAACUGGGAUGAUUUGUACCACAAGAGGGUGACUCCACCCUUCAACCCAAAUGUGGCUGGCCCCGCCGACUUGAGGCACUUUGACCCGGAGUUCACGCGGGAAGCUGUGUCCCAGUCCAUCGGCUGCACCCCCGACGCCGUGGCCGGCAGCUCCGGGGCCUCCAGCGCGUUCCUGGGCUUUUCCUACGCACCCGACGAGGACGAGGCCGUCUUGGACAGCUAGAAGAGCAGCCCCCGGGAG